GCUAGCUAUAAAAUCCAAUCAGUCUCCAACAUAAUCUUAUAGCCAACUGGCGAACAUAACUCACAUCACCGACGAUGCGAUGGCCUUUUACCUCUCCAAGGAAAGGUCGUACCACCAGCAUCGGCAGCGAAGAACAUCUUCUGCGGCCGGUUUCCUAUGGGGAAAGGGAAAUUUGCAUCCCCCGGGGGGAUGGCUCGGGGCACAUCUUCGACGGAUCAUCGAAGAAGCCGACCUGCGGUAGUCCAUGUCGUCGUGCUCGACUGGAUUGCGAGCUCGUAUUGCACAAACGAUAGCGGUCGUAGAAGAAGAAGAAGGUCUUCUUUUGGCGCGGUACUUUUGAAUUUUUUGGUGGACUUUUGUGUAUUUUUUUUUAGUGAUUUGUGUGAUUGAUUUUGAGAGCGGCAAAAUUUUCGCCUACAAUGGAGCGGUACCACAUUUUAAAGUUGGGUCUAGCCAUAACUUUCUACGCAGCUUACUGCAUCAGACCAAUGCUCGUCUAUAGCUUAGAAGCUGACAAUGAGCUGGACAAUAACCACUAUGCCCAAAACACAGACCACGAGUUUUUCCAAUACUUUCAAGGAGUUGAAGGUAGACCUGGUUUGGACUUUCCAGUGUACUCUUUCAUUCCAAGAACACCUUUCAGCUGUAAAGGAAUCGAGUCUGGAUACUAUGCGGAUCUUGACACUAAUUGUCAGGUUUUCCACAUUUGCGAAGAAGGCAAAAAGGUAUCGUUCCUAUGUCCUAAUGGAACAAUUUUCCAACAAUCUGACUUAAUUUGCGAAUGGUGGAACAAAGUUAAUUGUACUGAUUCGCCUAGUUUGUAUGCCUCAAGCGCUGAGAGACUGCAAAAUGACAAUGCCAGAAGGAAAUCUGGAAGAAGAGUGCCGCCAUAUAAUGAUGCACAAAAAAAUAAUCAUGGAGCUGUUAUGCGUAUGGAAGAAAGAUCUUCAGUGAGAGCUACUAAAAAUGGCAAAGAUUAUCCAGUUAACCCAGACAUUGAUUUACGCAUCAGAAAUCAUAGAAUCCCUGAUAAUAACGAUAUAGAACAACAAAUAGAGCAAGCAGAAUCAAAUAACAGACAUUUGGCUAAUAAUUUUAAUAAUCUACAACAAACAAGACAUCCAAAUCAUAAUUACGACAACUAUCAAACUACAAGUAAGUCAAAACAAUAUAAAAAAGAUAUUGACAAAGAGACAGGGAAUUAUAUUAAUAAUAAUUAUGGACAAGCAGAGCCUAGAAGGAAUUCUAAAAGAGUUGAGCAUAAUCAGAAAAAUAGCUUCGAUUAUAGUUCAAAGAAUAAUGUUCAAGAAAAAAGUACUACUCUAAAAGAGUAUCACGUUCAAUUUGGGUCUACAAGUGCAGGAACUGAUAGUGCAACUGAACAAUAUAGUAGGAAUACCGGUUUUAGAUCGACAGCUAGGAAUUAUCAACAGCAGCAAUCACAAACAUCUAAUCAUUUUAAUCAGAAUACAAACAAUGAAAAGACUUUUGGUGCACGAACAUCCCCAAGGGUCCAACAAACAGCGUUAAGUACAACAUUUUCCCCAUCAACUUAUAGAAAUGUUCAAUCAUCCACUACACCAGUAACUACCACAACCACAGAAGAAGAGUUUCCUUAUGGUUCAGGCAUUAAAGAAAAAUUCCAGAGCUAUGAUGCUAGGACUCUUAAGCCUAACCAACAAAAAUCCCGUGGGUCAGUUAAAUAUAACGUACUUGCCAACUAUGGCCAAUCAAUUCCAGUAACCACCUAUUCACCUUCUAAAAAAUACGCCUUCAAUAAUCAAAAUGACAAAAAUGAAGAUUUCGCUCUACCACCAUUCCCCAAACAUAAAUCUGAACAAACAAAUUCCAUUUCUCCUGGCCAAAUACCUGUUUAUGUAACUCAAAAUUCUGAAUCCGAUGAAACUCAAAUCCCUCAAGAAUCUUCAUCGUUCGUUAAAAACUCCUUCAAUAGUAUCACUGAUAAUUCUUUCAAAACUUCUCCAAGCCCGUAUCCAAACCAUAGAAGUACUUAUUCUGAUAUAAAAGAGUUCAGUAGCUUAUUGGAACCACCAAAAAUAUCUUCUAUAUCCUCUAUAACGCCUCAUUUAGUAACCACUCAACCAAUUAACAAUGGAAAACCUUUUGUUGGUAGUCGUGUUGGUAACACUUUACCACCCAAUCAUCCGACCACUCAAUCUAAAUAUACUUAUUUGCCUACAACCACUAAUAAGCCUACAGUGAUAUUUGGUGUAUUGCGUCAUAGUACUACUGAGGCUACACCUUAUGGACCUCCACAACCUGUUGAAAGUACUACAAAUAAUCUAUUUAAUGUUGGUAAUACUGAUAAGACUUUGCCUACAAUUGAGACAACUACUGCAGUUACAAAUGCAAUUCCAACAGAAACAUUCAAUAUUGGCAGCACUGAUACCACAUUGACACCGAAUAUUGUUCCCAAACAAACUACAGUACCGCCAUUUAGAAUAAAUAUUCCUGAACAUGGGAGUUUAAAUGUAGGGCAAAAUAGUUAUGAAGGACAAAAGCCCGUAGAUGAGCCACCUUUCGUCAAGAAAACUGUUCCACUGUUAUAUAAUGGCCAAAAAAGUACUGAAAGAACAGUGGAUCGCGCUACAGUUUAUGGUUCAUAUUCGUCAAGUACCCAAAGAUCUAAAAACACACCUUAUAGUCCCACAGUACCUACAGUAACUCAAAGUUUAUCGGCUACUAGUACCGCUAGAAAUCCUUACUCAUUCAACCAAGCAGUACCAAUUAAAUUUGAUAACGGUAAAGACAAAAUAUCGAUUCAUUUAUCCAAAAGUGUUGGUGGCCAGAUCAAUAAUAACGUGGCCUAUGGAAAUAGAAUACAGCCUCAGCAACAAAAAAUUGGUGCCCUAUUGCGUUUUGGAAAUGAACAAACUUCAGCAAGAAAUUAUGCUUCUAGUGGCUUUAAUACUGGUUUACCAUUAAAGUCCAAAACCGAAAAACCUAGACCUUUUUCGAAGAGUUUGCAGUUUGAAGAACAAUUUAACAAAGAUACUACCGUAAAUGAUGGCGUGAGCUCGUCAUUCCCCAGGUACCAUAUUUCGAGUGCCAGACCUUUUGGUCAUAGUGAGACUACUACAGCAACUCCUGGAGCCACCCAAAGUACUGGAGGUUUUAAUGUUUACGAUAACGUAGAUAAUAUGAUUGGGGUUUUGCAAGAAAUUGUUAGUUUUAAUGCGCAAAAAGAGAGUGCGCAAGAAGCUAGACCAGGUUUGGCCAUACCUCCAUCAGUCGGUCCACAGACCCUUCAUUCUCUAGCUCAAUAUUUCGCAAACGAGCUUCAAAGCAACGGAACACAUAAUUUCAGAGAAGCAGAAACCAAAGAAAAAUUGACUAGUUUAUUGACUGCAAUGACUGUUCAUGGUUAUAACAAUUUAUUCAAUACUGGAUCCACUGCCACCCCAACAGCAGCUACUAGCUCUCUAUCGCCUGAAACGACUACUUCAACGUCAUCAAGAUUUGGGAGUGAAGAAACCAAUAAUAUUGAUGGUGAUGACGCCCUUCUGCCAACAACCUCAGUACCCGAACUAAGGCAACUGGCAAGAAAUUUCUCGUUGGCACUCUCUAGCUACCUCAACGAUCCUGAUAAUUUCAGGAAAAAGUUGGAAAGCUUGAGACCGUCUGAACCACCGCCAUUAGAAGGCAGUGAUAAUCCAGAAUCAAGUACCACUGAAGACGAGCUUUUAAACUUCUCAGACGCGGAUCUGAAACCUAGCACCACAGCCCCAAUCCCAUCGGCCACUUGGGGAGCUAUACUAGCAGUGGAAGCUCAGAACAACCCUUUCGAAGAUGUUAGAAAUUCAAUUAACCCUGACCUUAAUACUGCAGAUUCUCAAUCAUUUGUACCCAAAUUCAAUAGCGUACAAGUAAAUGAAAAACAAGGAAAAGGUUUCACUGAGUUACCUCUUGGUCAUUGGACUUCUAGUCCGCGAGUGACUCAAUUAUGGCAGAAAACUUUAAAGGUAAAUCCAGUAAGUGUCAAUGAUCACUUUGAAACAACCCAAUCGUCGUUGGAAGACGAAACAACAGAACCCGAACUAUUUAAUCAGGAAGUUCUUUCGGAAUUCGAGCCCCAAUCAGAAAUUAGUUACGACCUAAGACAAUUACCACCCCUAGCCUUAAAUUCAACCCAAGUGCAUGGCAUAUUAAUUGAAUUUAUGAAUCACACAACCGAACAAAACCGUCUCCAUAGAAUCCUUAAAAAGCUCAACACCUCUGAGGAUGAAUUCCUUGAUAAAAUGAAAGAAAUAGAAUCUAACCCUUUAACAAAACGUCUAAUAUUGCUUCUUAUUAGCGAAUGUGGUGCUAAUAUUAGUGAAGAACUUGGUUUAACUUCUAGUAGCAAAAGUGAACCACUAACAGUUGCUGCUAGUGCCAAAACUGAAAGGCGGAACGCGGAAAACCAUCCUUUGGGGCAACUAGUACAUCCCCAUUUGACAGAAGAGGAUCAGGACACGAGGGCAUUACAAUUGUUAAAUAGUUUAUAUACGAUUGCGUCUCGGUUUGGUAGGAAACGAUAACGAAUUAAAUUUUCUUAGACAAUAAUUGCUAAGCUGUGUACUUUAAAUAGAAUAAUCUAAAAGUGCUCAAUACAUACUUCAACUUAUUAGAAUAUACACGUCAUAAAGAAAAUUAUUACAGGUAUGCACGACUUACUUUAAGAUUUUUACUAUUUUAAGAAUAGAAUAGGUAUUGCCUACAUUAGCGCACCAAUUUUGGUACUAAAUUUAUUUCACAAUUUAUUAGAUUAUGAUUUUCCACAUUUUUAUUAUACCUCGUCUAAUGUAGGCAAAUUUAUAGACUCGAUAUGGAUGUAAUUGGUUUGUAUGAAUGAUUAUUGUAACAUAUUUAUAAUGCACUUAUUUAACCAUUUUACCUAUUAUUAUUAAGUGAUUUCUUAAACCACUAUACUGUACUGAGUUGUAAUAAUUCUAAGCUCCUAUAUAAAACGAAUUACUUUGAUGCAUUGCUGGUUUUGAUUACAUUAUUCUUUUGCAUGUUUCGAAGCUGCUAGCCGAAGAUGAUAAGUCGUUUAAUGUUAUCAUUAUCGUUAAAUAUUAUAUAUAUUGCCAGUUGUAAUCGUCAUUUUAGCUAUUUAAAUGUACUUACUGUCCUGUAAAUAUUGUAUUGCUGUAAAUAAAUAUUUUUUAGAAAAAG